AUGCUAUGGAGGGGACCCGGCCGGUUGCUUUCGCCCGCCAGCCUCAGAGGCAUCCCGGGUGGACUCAUUCCCCUCAUCGGCUUCAUCGGCCUCGGCCUGGGCAGCGCUGCUCUGUACCUGCUCCGCCUGGCCCUCUAUAGCCCUGAUGUGAGCUGGGACAAGAAGAACAACCCAGAGCCGUGGAAUAAACUGAGUCCAACCGACCAAUACAAGUUCUUGGCGGUUUCCUCCCUACAAGAAGCUUGAAGAGGUCGUCCUGACUUCUGA